AUGGCGAGCCCCGAAGUUGAGGACGACAUCUUCAUGCCGUCUCCUCGUGACAUGUACCGAAGCUUCUGCAGCGAGUUGGGCGAGUUUGGUCUCAUCGAGCUGCAACACGUUUUGGAUGCAUACGGCGUCGUGAUGGAAGAGCCUACUCAGGUUGCUGCCAUGCUGGCGCAACUGGACGUUGAUGGUGCGCGCCAGCGCUCCAAUGUGACCAGCGAUUCGACGUCAGUCGAGGGUGGUACUGAUCGCCUCGAACAGCUGCUGCGUCAGCUGCAGCAGUCUGGUAUCAACUCGGGCCUAGUCCGUGAGCUUCAAGAGUUGACUUUCGGCGAGUUUGAGCGCCUGCAGAACCAAGCCAGCGCCAAUCUCAAUGGGGCGCGGGCUGAGCUGGAGCGCAUUUACCGUGUCAAUGAGAGCCUGACGCAGGAAUGCCAGCGCAUGGAGAGCGAGCUCAACGAUCAGCUUGCUCAGCAAAAGGCAACUCGUACUGCACUACAAGAAUCGCAACGCUUGGAACACAAGCUACAAGAUCUCGAAGCGGAAUCAACGCGGCAAGGACAGACCGAGCAGGAACUGCGCGCCACCAUAUCAGAGCUCGAGACGCGACUCGCAGAGACUGUGGAGCGAGCUCGGCAGAUGGAGCAAGAACUCAGUGCCACCACAGAUCAACUCAACCUGACGUGUCAGGAGAGCACCCUGCUGCAUGUUGAGCUGGACCAGCUUCGCGAUGCUCAUGUGACCCUUUCACACGAGCAUCAGCUGCUCACGCGUCGCCAUAGCGAGGGCCACGAACGCCUUCGUUCCUUGGACGCCACAGCCUCGUCACAUCAGCACGAGGUGGUAUCACUACAGGAACAGGUGCAUGAGCUUCAAGAAGCCAUUGCUAUGCGCGACACUGAAAUGAUCAAUCUGCGCGAGGAGCUGCAGGAUGCCAAGAUGACGCUCUCCAGCAUGGCGCUUGGUGAGGAGGGCAUUACAAAGGGCUCAGUCCUCAAUGAAAUUGAGGACCUGGUCAUGAGCCAGCUCAAGGAAGAGACCAAGGACAACGACGCUCUCACAGUCUCCAUGCUGCAGCAGCUCUUGCCACAUCUACAGGAAACGCGCUUGGCCUCACAAAAUGGUUCACUGGUGGCGCAAUCCAUUUACAAACCCACUGACACGCGCGCAGGCCAGGUCACGGCCAACCCAGGAGUGCCAAAUUCAUUGGCUCACGUGGCGGCAGCUAUUCAUAGCAAUUCGGACACCAAUGGUAGUGUAUUUGAGGACCGCUCACCGUCGCCGUCAGUCAUUCGCGAGCGCAUCAUUACACCCUCGGUCGAUCCCCCGAUCGUGACCGGGUCGGCCCAGCAGAUGACCGAGGCGCCCGAGACGGCACUGCCUGAAGAGGUAUCGGCCGUGCCAGCGCCAUUCACCAAUGCUAUCCCGCCCCUUGCUGAUGCCGUCUUGUCGGCUCAGGCCGACGAAGCCACCAAUCGGGUGGAAGACAAGUUGAAUCAAGUCCUCCGACUCUAUGCUGCCUCUACACAACACUUGGUGGGCGUCAAGAUUGUGACGCCGGCUUCAGCAGCAAACAUGUCCGUGCCCGAGUUGCGCCAGCUACGGCAAACCCUCAAGGAUCUGGUGGCGGCCCGAAACAAGCUGCUGCUGCGCACGCUGGGUGAGCGUGAGACCUACCGCAACGAGAUUCAUCUCAAGAAGACUGUCCUCAAACCUGUCAUUGACAUGGUCCUGGCCACAGACAUGGACACACAUCCAACAAAGUCUACGCGGACAACGCCACAGCUCUCAUCGCGGCGCAGUAGCCCAGGUCCGCUAGGAAGCAGUCCCUCCAAUGCAGCCUUGUUGCAGCGUAGCCGCUCAACCUCGUUUUUCGGAAGCUGGUCUCGGCGCUCGUCCAUCUCCGGUCCUGCUCAUGGUGUGGGAGCCUCGCCUCCGUCCGCGCCGGCAUCCACGCCACGUGGUGCCGCUGGCAAGCGUAUGCUUUCGUCUCUUGGUCGGCUGUGGAGUACUAGCUCCACCCCCAAUAAAAGUCCCUCGGGCAGCGAGGUGACAGUGUGA